CUGUCUCUCUCUCCAUGUGCGUGUGUAUGAUAGAAAAAUGUAAAUUGCUGUGGAACAUUUUGCUAGCUGGAGUAAAAUCAAGUUAUAGUGACAAAAACAUAUUGACAGUAAGCUCUAGCUCAACACAUUUUUUGAUUUCUGUAUAAACAUUUGCUGUUUCGUCGAUAUUUGAUUUACUAUAAAGCUGUACAGAAAUGUUGGGGAAUGCAGUUUUUGUUCUCUGCAGGACUACUGUACAUACAACAUACAUGUGUAUUUAAUCUCCAUCUCACAGAGGGCUUUCACGGCCUCUCAUUCCAUUUGAAAUUUAUAGACACAGCAUUUCAUUUUGCAAGAAUCUUUUCACUUAUACUUAUUUUGAAACUGACAUUGCUUUCAUCAAAGACAAUGAAUACACGUUUGUUGCAAACUAUUGUUGUUGUUUAUUAGUCAAAAGCAAAUACAGCUUAUAGACAUAGUAUACAAUGUAAUAAAUCUAAAAUCAUAUAAAGGUCAAGAAAGAAUAGAAAUUGUGCUUAUACAUUGGUAUUUCUAAUUUCAAAGGAAUUCUUAAUAAAUUUACCCAAGUUACAUAAUUCCUUUACAUUCUGUGUCGAUAAAAGUUGAAUUAAUUUAAAGACAGAGGGUCUGAUAUAAUAAUACUUUUUCAAAACUUUGAUUCUUAAAUGACUGUACUAAUGUACUAGAAUGAUCCGGGGUUUUUUGUGUGUACCACCACCUGUCCGCGUAAUCAUUACCAAAUAUGGAUCGUCAUCAAGGUUACAGGGUUACUGGCUGUUUCGUUUGAGUAACGAAAUGGUCAUCGAUAUUAUAUUUUAGCAUUUAAAUCUAGUCUAUAUCUAAAAAAAAAAAAAAAAAAAAAAGACAUAAAAAAUAUCAGCAAUAAAAUGUCUUUCUUUGUUGUUUAUCGGGUGAUGAAAGUAGCAAUCAUUGCAGAAAAAUUUGCGAAGCGGUUUAUGAUUUUCUGCAAUACUUCAUCACCCGAUAAAACAACAUUUUAUUGUUUAAUCAUUUGUACCAGAUCUUUAGGACUCAGUGCGAUCUAUAGGUGCCCAUUCUCUUAGACCAACGUUUGAUCUUCUCAGCAUCUAUGCCUUAAAGAAAACACUGGUUAGCAAAGAUUAAUGUGGCAGUAUUGUUAACUAUGUUAGAAUAGGCAUUACUUAAGUUUAAUGUUUUUUUCCUCUAAGGUAUAGGUCAUUGCCAUUCUGUGUUAGUUUGAGCCUCAUUAUCUAAUUAAUUUACCACUUAAAUAAUUGGUCGAUGACGUAUGUUUGUGUUUGACCGCGUCGUAUAUAUAGUGAACUAUUUCUCAGAAGUAAAGACAGACCACGACGUCUUCAUGGUGAAGUAUUGGGACUGCUUUGGGGGGGGGGGGAAUCUUAGAAUCAUUGCUCUUGGAGUGAUUUGUUAAUUCAAUAUGCCUACCCGCAGUCUCAGGUUUUUGGACUAUCAUUGAGAGAUAGUGCGUGUGCUCCACCACGUUACGAAUAGAGACUCUGGUCUUUCGGAUAUACCUUCCAGACGGAGGUCCCAUUUCACGGUAGGAGUUAGCUCGAUAAAGGACCCCCCAUUGCUACGACCGUAAGCGAAGUACAUGCGUCGAAAUUUACAGCUCUUCACUAAAAUAUGUGGCGUUUAAUCUAGAUGAGUGAAAAAUUAAACAACCCAACGAGUAAAUACAUGUGAAUGGUUUCUGACUUAGAAGUCAGUGCCUUGUGAUAUUAGGACUAGUUUCUUCAAUUUUUUCAGGAGUAUUUGUAUAUAUAUUUACAAAGACUUGAAAAUGAAUUUCAAUGCAGAUCCAGACAUAAAAACCCACGGUAUAAUGGACCGGAUGUGUAUUCACGCACACAACUUAGAUUCAGCAGCAUAAAGUACACUUCAACAUAUCAGAAAGUCAUAUAUAUUUACAUGUAAUAAUAAUGUAAUACUGUUUAUGCAUCACUAACGAGGUGGAAAUAUUUAUUUUUAAUUAUGCUUUGAAUGGCUGCACAUUAAUCAUAUCAAACUGCGGCUGUAACUUGGAAAAUUCAUCAAUUUAAAAGUGAAUGUGAACAGUGAAUGGCUCACGGAAAUAAAGAAACUGAAACGUUAUAUCAGAUUCAUACGCUUGCAUGAGAUCGUCAUAGCUGCUUUCUAAAUCCUACAUUGGUUUGACUUGUAUUGUUACCUCAACUCACUCUUGAUGGUGAUGUCAAAGUAAUUAAAAUGUUAUUACAUAUUUUGAUAUGUUUUACGUUUAUAGGAAAUAAGGACACUUCUUUCCUAAUUACUAUACAUCUCAUGAUCCAGAUAUGAUUUAGCAAAUAAAAGUGGGACCUAGUUGUGUGUAGAUUUAAGUUUUCCUCCGUCAAAACAUGACAUUGAAUUCUAAACAACAAGUGUUUUUACAACAGUUUUCCCGAAGAGUCAUUGGAUAUAUACUGCGUGAAAAGGAUGCCCGCGUGAAGCGUUAACGCACUGCGUGAAAAGGAUGCCCGCGUGAAGCGUUGUACAUAGUCCAUGCCCAUAUGCAUUUUCAAAAAUCAAGUUAUUCCUUAUAUUUUUAUUCUACUUUCAUUGUUAAGAUGUACAAUAUUCAUCAAGACUCAUCCAUGCAUGUGUAUUACUUGCUGUCUUGCAACCAUAAUGCGUUCAUGACGAAACGGUUUUCAUUACAAUUUGUAAAGAUAUCAAAGGCAAAAACAUUGGAAAUUUAGUUUCGUUUAACAUGCAAUUGCUUUGAUGUGAUACUUCCUUCAGUAUAUAUCUAAGUAAUAUGUGAGAAUCUAUGGGUUCAUGGCGAUUAAAGAAUAGAGCCUUUUGCACUUUGUUCUAAACUAUACAAAAAUACAAUACGAAAUGCUCUUUUUCAAAAUGUUGAUAUCACUUUUCAGAUUCAUUAGAAAACUCUGCACAACCUAGACAUUCUUAUCACUAUUCUGAAAUAAUUGAUGUUAAAGAGGAUCGGUGGAAUCAUAUCAAGCGCUGCACGGAGUCACUGCGUGAUUUACAGGAAGGAAAAGCGUCUGUAAGACAUCGACAUUUGGGUUCAGAGGGACAAGGACUAAAUAAAGAACUGGCUCCUGAUAAUGAUUUUGAUGGGCAUCGCAAAUGGGAGGGGAACCAAGAGCUAAAACACGAUUUAGAUUAUGUUGUUAUAGAAAGUUUUGCGUUAUCAAACUGUGAAAAAACGCAUUUGAAACCGAGAAAAAUACAGCCCCAGUUGGUUCACGUAGGACCCGAAUAUCUGCCGAGGAAUCUCACCAGCAGUCACGCGGGACCCGAAUGUCUGCCGGGAAAUCUCACGAACAAUCACGCGGGACCCGAAUGUCUCACCGGUAGUCACGCGGGACCUGAACGUCUGCUGAGAAAUCUCACCAAUAGUCACGUGGGACCGGAAUGUCUGCGGAGGAAUCUCACCAACAAUCACAUGGGACCUGAAUGUUUGCGGAGAAAUCUCACCAGUAGUCACGCGGGACCUGAACAUCUGCUGAGGAAUUUCCCCAGCAGUACGGAGGACAGGGAUGCUGAUAAAUUCGGUAUUGGCUUAUCCAGCAGUUUGAUACUGCAAUCAAACCGUCCAGAUGAACACAUGUCUACUGCCAUUUGUACAAACACAGAUGCAUGUAAGUACAUUCGGGCAAUGGAUUGCGAAAGAGAUGAGUCUGUACAGCAUUUGUUUAAAUUUCAUCGAAAUUCUCUCCGAAUUAAAGGAGAGGAAUGCUGUUAUCGUGUUUCUCACUGCUGCUGCGAAGAAUAUAUCCCAGUUUUAUCGAGAGAAAUUCCAAAGUCAAUCAAAAGGGAGGAAGAUUUAUCAAUAGGAAAUGUUUGCCAAUAUCACGUGGAUUUUCUACGUCAAAAAUACAAUUUCGACAAGCAUGACUAUGCUGUGUCGAAUGAAAUAGGUCCAGCUGAUUGUCAUUUAAGUUUGGAGGGGAUGUCUGGUUGCAGUAAUGAUGUAGGACUAGCUAACGGUUGCUCAGGUUUUAUGGAAAUGACCGGCUAUAAUCAUCCUUUUGACAUUACAACGGCCGACUGCGCGUUUCUUGAGUUAUUUUGGGUAGAAAUGGACACAUGUCAAAAUGAAUAUUUGCAUUCAGCUUUAAAAGAUGGCAAAGGUGAAAACAUUUUCAAUGAAGACGAAAUUGUAAGAAACAAAGUGAAACCGAGAAAUGGAGAAUCGAAUGGGAAGACUUGUAAACGAUGGAUUCAAAAUUUAAAAACUUAUAAACAAAGAGGCACCAAGUUUCCCUGUGAAUCCGAGGAAGAUUCUGGAAUAACUACUCCAGAUGUUUCCUUUUCAACAGGCAGCAUAGAUAUCAAACAAAACAAAUAUCCGAGUUCGGUUGAAUUAGAAAUAAACAACUCAAAUCCCCCAGGAGGAAAUUUGGUAACCGUGGAGACGCAAAGUGGACUGAGGAUCGAAGCAGAAAACAUUCAGCUAAAGUGGCAGAGAGGGAUCGAAAGCUUAACAAUAACCCCAUCUCUAGCCAGAACUAAAUCAAAAUUGUCUAUAAAAACGCCGGAUGGAAAUGACAUCCGGGGUGUCCAUGGUGAAGAAGUUCAAAUCCAAACCCAAUCAGAGACCAUUUGUUUAACGCCAUUGUAAAUAGAAAAUAUAUUUUUAAAAACCAUGAUUUUUCAAAUUCUUGAAAUCUGUUUAUGUAAUGACAUUUGAUCCCAUGUAUUGAUAUUGACGUUUGACCCCCGUAUCGUGCAAAACAAAACAUAUAGUACGGUGAAUCCGGUUUACUUUUCACGGGAUGCAAUUUAAGAAAUACAUGUCAUUUUAGAAAAUACAUGGGGUCAUGAACUGCGAUGUUUUACACGAACAUACGUCAUGUGAAGUACGCUGAAGCGAAGCGAUGCUGUUCAUACCCUCGUGUAUUUUUGUUUUGUUUUAAAUGACAUCAAUUUUUUAUAUUUACAUUUGACUUUCAUCUAUGUCGGAAUUCCCAGCCGCUGAAGUAGUCGUUCUAUAUUUAUCAAGAUUUAAUUAUAUACGCACAAUGUUCACAUUCAACUACAAAGGAAACAGUAAAGGUACUAAUCGCACUGAAGGCAAAAAUUGAAAAUGAAGAUAUUUCGCAGUAUCAUUGUUCUAUUCAUUUCAUUUCAUCGCUCAAAUCAUUCACAAUGGUACAUGAGUUACAUAACUUUGAUUUCGUAAUUAUAUAUACAAUAUUUCCAAGGGGUAUGAAUAUAUAAAUACUACAUGUAUGCAUAUAUUUGUUCAUUAGCACAAAAUAGAGGUGGGGCAUAAUGCAUACAAAGAGAGUGGGACAUUUAAUAAAUACAUGUAUACACUAGAAAUAAAGUGUACCUUGGGCUACAGUGUUUUAUUUGAUCUAGCAGUUUUGGAAAAAUGGUAACGAUUGCAUAUUUGGUUGAUGCAGUCAAACUGACUUUGAACGACACAGAACGUUAUAUAUAUGCAUUAUUUUUUAAACAGUUUUUUUUUUGUUGCAAGCUAAAUAACCAAAUAAGAUUUGGAAGAUGUUGUGUUUAAUAUUUUUCGGCAUACACGUCAGUAUGGCAGGGGUAAUACAUGUACUAUCGGACUAUUUACAGUCCGUUGUUGAAUAUACUUGGUACAUUGUACAUAACAGUUACUAGAGUAUAUUGUAUGACAUUUACCGUACCAUUAGUGUAAUACGUAGACCCCUCACCCUGUGUAGUUUAGCUAUCUGUAGAUUCAACCUAAUUUUAUCUGAGGACAAAGCACAUCACAUAAAGAAACAUACACUCAAAAUGGGGACAAAUGCAUAAAAAAAAGUUUACUGCGUGAAAAGUAUGUAUGA